AUGGCCAAAAUUGCUUUAGGUACCAGCCAAGAGGCUGCUCAGCCAGACUGCAUUAGAGCUCUAGUCGUCGAGUUCAUCACCACCUUCCUCUUCGUCUUCGCCGGAGUCGGUUCCGCUAUCACCGCCGAUAAGCUAGAGGCAGGUGCCCUUGUGGGGUUGCUUGCUGUGGCGGUGGCUCACACCCUCGUAGUGGCUGCCACCGUCUCCGCCGGCCACAUUUCCGGUGGCCACCUUAACCCCGCCGUCACUCUAGGCCUCCUCGUCGGCGGCCACAUCACCGUCGUCCGAUCCAUUCUCUAUUGGAUCAUCCAGUUGUUGGCUUCUACCGGAGCUUGCUUUCUUCUACAUUACCUUACCGGAGGACUUGCUACUCCAAUCCAUUCCCUAGCAAGUGGAGUAGGUUACUUGCAAGGAAUAAUAUGGGAGAUAAUUCUUACAUUUUCUCUUAUGUUCACCGUCUACGCUACUAUGGUGGACCCCAAGAGGGGGGCUCUUGAUGGGCUGGGCCCAAUUUAUGUUGCGUUUGUCGUUGGAGCCAACAUCCUUGUUGGUGGACCCUUCUCUGGGGCCUCCAUGAACCCAGCAAGGUCUUUUGGGCCUGCUUUGGUUAGCGGCAACUGGACCGAUCAUUGGGUUUAUUGGGUUGGGCCUCUCAUCGGUGGUGGGCUUUCCGGAUUCAUUUAUCAAAAUUUCUUUAUGUUCGGAACUCAUGUCCGUAUUCCCAACCACGAAGAAGCUUUCUAA